AUGGACGCGUUCGUGACACGCAAGAGGAAGCGGGAUGAGCGGGUGGUGAAGCCCGCAGUUGCGACUACGCGUGUGGAGCCAGAGAAAGAGGAGGAGUCUACGGAUUUCAAAUUGGCGGUACUGGCAUCGUUACAUGCCGAUGUUGAUGAAGCGGCUCUACUUGAAGCCCUACUCGUGGCAGACGGAUCAGUCGAGCAGGCUUCAGAGUACCUGACACAAUCAUCGAGGUCACCUGCGAGAAAGCGACCCGCGCCAACUACAGUCGGAUAUCAAUCGUCAUUGACCUCAUACCGGAUUGCCCCGUUAAAUGGCACCCAGACAAAGAAAUCCGUAGUGAAGAAAGGCAAAACGCUGUUCCUGUAUAGCCCGGAAGACAUUGAAACACAUACACCAUGUUCCAUUAUCCACAACUUUCUCCCAGCCAAACAAGCCGAUGCGUUACUCUUGGAGUUACUCGAGGAAUCCUCGACAUACCAACGGUUUGAAUUCAAGCUUUUCGACAGAGUAGUGCAGAGCCCACACACGUAUGCCUUUUACGUCAACAGUCUCGAAGAGGUGGAGCAGCAAAAGACGGAAUAUAUCUACGACGGGCGACAGAUAGACAAUGUCCGCCAAAGCCCCCCCUCCCUCCUCGCCGCCCUCCCAGCCGUCCAAACAGCCGUAAACACCGAAAUCCGACGCCGAAUCACCACCUACUACCCCAACGCGCAAAAGCUCCCUCACCAAUCCCCGCACCCCUGGCACCCAAACACCGCCUUCGUAAACUGCUACGACGGCCCCCACCAAAGCGUAGGCUACCACGCCGACCAACUCACCUACCUCGGUCCACGCCCCGUAAUCGGGAGUUUGAGUCUCGGCGUCGCCCGCGAGUUUCGCGUGCGCAGAGUCGUCCCGCAAGAUGACGAUGAGGUAGAUGGUGUAGAGAAGGCGGAUGCCCAGGGCCAAAUUAGUAUCCACCUCCCACAUAAUUCCUUAUUAGUGAUGCAUGCGGAGAUGCAGGAGGAGUGGAAACAUAGUAUAGCGCCCGCUCACGCUAUCGAUCCGCAUCCCCUAGCGGGCAACAAGAGGAUUAAUGUGACAUAUCGCUGGUACAAGGAGAGUUUGCAUCCGAAGUUUACGCCGAGGUGUCGCUGUGGGGUGCCGACGGUGCUGCGGUGUGCGAUGAGGAGGAAGGAGUCGAGGGGACGGUAUAUGUGGAUGUGUCAUGCGGGGUUUGUGCCGGGGAAGGAGGGGUGUGGGUUUUUUAUGUGGGCGGAGUUUGAUGGGGAUGGGGAACCGCCAUGGGCUACUGCUGGGAAGGUGAGGGAGGAAGAGAAGGGUGGGUGA